AUGAGCCUGAAGGCAAACUCCCUGGACUGUGUGAAGGGUUGGACAAGGGCGAGCUGCGUGGCGUUUGCGCUGCUUGCUGCGGCUGACAUGGAUGCUUCGGACGCACAGCACUGCGCGAUGCUGGAGCCCCUGCACAAUGUGUUGGACCGCUCCUGGUUGGAGUGCCGCGACCUCAUGGCAAUGCAUCUGCACUGGUUCAAAUGGAAGGACUCAGCGCUGAGCGCCGAUCAGCUUCGCUCCCAGCGGUGGCUCAUCGGAGCCCGACCUAAGGGGGUCAAUGACGGGCUCAGGGGGCCUCUGACAAUGACUGCUGAAUCUCAAGUGAUGCUCAUGGACUUGCACAUCAAGUCCUUUGUGGCUGCGGGCAAACGCUUGAAGGCAAGUGCCAGGGCCAGGGUGAGACUGAGUCAGGAACAAUUUGACCAAAUGGCUGACUUCGCUGCCAUGUUCGGAGCCCUGCGUGUGGCGGCCAAGCAGGCGAGCUCCAAGCCGGAGGUGGAUGACAAGUUGAUGCAAGCGUUCUACGCUAAGGACUAUUGGCAAGAGAUCGAGGCUGUGGUCAACUCAAAGAGUGCUACCUUCAGCAUUCAAGGCCUUUCGGUGUGGCGGGACAUCGUGGAGACAGGUCCUGAGCCCGCCGCGCUGACUGUGGAGGGCACUUUGGACCUGGCCGCUGCGGAGGAGGCUGUCGCUGCAACAAAGUUCGCAGAGAUCCGCGCGAAGAUCAGCGCAGACGUGCAAUCAAUGAACCAGUACAACGCCGAGAAGUCGAACUGCGCAAACAAGACCCAUGUGCUGAAGGUGUUGCACGAGAAGAACCAGCAGGAGCAAGGCAAGCAGCAUGUGGAUGCCCAUAUGCAGAACAACGCCUUCACAGCGCUGAGCUCUGACCUGAACCUGCCAGCCAAUUUCGAUCAGUUUUUGAAGGGCACUGCAGCAAAGCUCAAGGUCGCUUUCGAGAAACUGUGCCUGGUGGGCUACUUGGACACUACGAAGUUUGGUGUGCUCAGCCAAUCUGAUAUCAACAAGGUUGGCCAAUGGUGCGAGAAGGUCAUGGCCAAGAAUCCAACAGGCAGCUGCGUCGUCCUGACGCUGCCGCUCCUCACAUCCACUUCAUCCGCUGGCGCUCUCAGAGCGGAUGUCCGGCGAAUUGAAGACAAACUGAUCUCGAAGAACAUUGAAAUGCGCCCCUUUGUGCUGGCCACCGACAACUCUGAGUGUCACGCUAACCGGGAUUCCCCUGCGGCCUACAUCAUGUACUUGUGCAUUUGUGAUUCCACCUUGCCAAUGAAGGGAACUGCGCAUCGGGUUUCAAGGUCCGCGGAACAGGUGGACAAGAACAAUGUGAACGUGUUCUGCACGAGCAAGCUGUGGAGCCUUCAAGCUGUCCAGGGCGAGCCUCCAAAGGCCAUUCCGGAGGCGCAGUUCGUGGUCCCAGGUGGCGUCGCCUUCAGCAAUGAAGCCCGCAAGAACUACACAGAUUUGCAGGAGACAGCUCAGUGGCUGGGUGGAGUGCACAUCCCCCGCAGCAUUUUGAGUACGCUGCUGGGUGAGAACCGCACAGCCCUGGUUGUGCACGGCAGCUUGUAUGAUGGCUGCGUGGAGAAGGUUUGCCUCGACAUGGGCUUGUCGUCCUUCUCCCACACGGAUGACGCCAAAGCUUUUGGCACAGGGACAAUGCUGCUGAAGACCCACCUCAUGAGUUUGUGGAAGUCGCGUGUGGCGCCAAUGGACCGCUACCUCCCGCGGUACAAGGCUGAGCCGGAAUCAGAUGCACUGCCAAGUGCUCCAGAGCAGCCGAAACUCAAGGUGUGCGUUUUUCUGGACAACUGUCUCAGCCUUCCACGGGACAUCCGUGGGUUGUUCUUGGCAGACCCGAUUCGGGGCCCUGAGUGGCGGAAGAUCCUCCAAGAAUUCGACCGCAUUUUUGGAUCUGGCGUGGCCCCCCCUGGCCCUGCUGACCAGGCAGCUGGCCCUGGCCCUGCGCCCAGCGCUGCGCCUCAGGCGCCCUUUGCCGGCGAAACCUUUUCAGAGGAGAAUGUGACGACCAAGUUUACCUUCAGCCCGCAGUUGAUGAUGUACGUGGUGAACGGGGAGAAGCUCUUCAUUGAAGCCACCGAAGAGGUCUCUCUGGCAGCCAACACGAUGCUGCUCGCGUAUGGGGCUGGCUCUUGGCUCCAAGACCAGCGCGCCUGCUCCUUUUUGGAGGAGAACGGCGGUGCCAAGGGCGUGGAGUGCGCUUUUAAGUCCGACCAAGUGAAAGUGGUUCUUGAGGACGGACUCGGACAGUGUUGUUUUGGUUUCAAUCUUGAAAACUUGUCGCAACCCGUGGCCGCCUUUGGUUCAGUCCCUCGGCUAGCCACUGCAGGAGGAGGGAACCGAUUCGGCAGUGAUGUCACUUCGCCAGUGCCUUCAGCAGAUUGA